CUUGACUGACGUUGACACUUGAUUUCAUUGUUUUGUUUUUUUCUGUGCUAUCUUUUUGGGUUGGGUGCGUGCGUCGUGGUAAUUUUCCUUGUGGUUUUUUAUUAAUUGCUAUUUUUAGUGAUUAAAAUGAAUGUUUUCUGUACUACGAAUUGUCGAAUUGAUGCUAUGGCUUCAUCACUUUGUUGUCCAGUGAAUCUCAAAGAGUAUCUUGAGCAUUAACUGGUCACAAUCUUUUUGUAAAUAGCUUUAAUCAACUUUUAACUUAUAUUUAAGUAUUUGUCUCUGUUAUUUUAUUUCAAUGUCAAAACAUAACACCUUUUGACACAAUCUUAUCUUUCUGCUCAAGAUAAAUAAUUCAGUCAUACAGCUCUAGUUGCCCAUAUCACUACAUAAAAUAAUUUUAAAAUUUUUCUUGUGACUUUUGUUGAAUAUCAUCAAUAUGGCUUCUUCUGAUCCAGAAAUCAAAGAUGGAUUGACACUUCCAGUUUGGAUGAAAUCUAGACCCACAAAAGAGUUCGAGCCAUUCGCGGCGUCUCCACCUGAGGAUAUUUUCUACAUUCGCUAUCCAAAAACAGACAUUCUCUUCGGGAAGCCUAAAAUCGAGCAAGAUUUCUCCAAGCCUUUGAUCACAGAGUCCAAGGAGGUGACAGCGGCGCCCUCAUACAACGCGGUGAAGGAGAGAGACUGGUCGAAGCACACUAAACCCUGCCAGGACGUCCUGCAUGGCAUUGCGCCAAUAAACACUGCUGUGAAUUCAAUAUCUGCCAAGCCUAAACCAGCUGGCGUGGAUGAUGGGUUUAAAGGAGAGGGCGCGGCGUGCGGCACUUCUGUCGUCAAGGUCGCCCAUCAGAUGAUAACGAAAGGCGCGUCGUCCCGAGGGUUCACGAUCGCGACCCCCGACGAGGACGCCGACGGGCCCCCGCGGCUAUCGUCGCGACGCGGCAGCAAGAGCCUGCCCGCCUCGCCCUCGCACUCCCCGCGCGGCAGCCCCACCAGCCGCCGCAAGAUGACCGCCAACCGAUACUUCACGUCUCCGUUCGAGCCGUCGCCGGACGGUUCCGGGCGCUCGUGGCUGACGAUGGCUCUGCUGGGCUUCAAGAAGGAUCACAACGCAUCCACAUCCACGCUGGCUGAGGAAGACGCGCUCGAAGUUCGACUGCACGGCAGUCUCGCGGAGUCCGUAGAGAGACUGGGUCCGGCGCCCCGCAAAGAGCCCCUGGUGCCCCCCGCGCCCCCAGCGCCCCCCGCGGCCGCGCCGGAGCCCCGCCCGGUGAAGGCGGCGCACAGCUUACGCCCCAAGCCCUCCGAGCUGCGGGAGAUGAACUUCUGGUCGCCCACCUCCAUGUGAGCUGCUGGCUAGCCUCGUGCAAGGUCCUGUCCGGUCCUGUCGGCUUCUGGACGUUGCGUCUAUAGACGUGAUAACAAUUCAUUUUGUGUCUCGUUCAAAGGGUUCUCACUGAUCUGGAGUCAUUUAUUUCGUAAGACAUAAUGUUGGUAUUGAAUCCUGUUGACGUUUACCGACUGGGAUUUUUUUAUGGAAUAAGAGAGAUGGAACACUAUAUGGAGCGAUACGGUGUUGAUCAUAUUUGAUUAUUGGAUGUAUCAUGGGAUUGCUUAAAACAGCAUUUUUGACAUUUCUAUUGUGUUGUAGUGUUUAAUUUCUAAAUACUAUGGCUUUUUAUAUCGGUAUAUAGGAAUAAGAUUAACAGAUGCGGUUUCAGUAAUACUUACCCUUGUUCAAGUGAAAAGCGAUAAAAUAACUUGUAACAUUACUGAGUUUUUAUUCCAUUAGUUGAAUAAUAAUGUUAAAUUAUCGAUAUUGUCUUCAUUUCACUUCUUCAUUCCUCAAUAACACAUAGUGGAAACAAGGUAGUAGGUACUCCGUCGUAGUACCUACUAAUUCCAUGAGUGGAAAUUAGCUUGCAGGUUGCAAACUUCCUUUAACUUCUCAUAUCAAUAGGCAUUGGAUAUCUUUUACACUUCGUUUUGAAAAUGUUUAAAAUACAAAUUUUCGCAACUUAUGACCUAGUGAUUACAAAUAAUGAUAAAAUUGUGAGAAUGAUUGAUUGUUGACCAAAACUGUGUGAUAAUGAAUUAGUUUUCUUUUGCUAAUGAAGUAUUGUACCUACAUGUAAUCUGAUACUUUUGAUAUUACCUAGUAAUGUAGUUUGAUUUUAUUCUGAGCAGAAAUUAUAUAAUUGUGUAAACUCGGGUUUGUUAGCCCUAAAUUAUUUUGUAAGUCUUACAACAUAUAUUGUUCAAUAAAUAUUGUUGUAUCGUA